GUGGGGAACCGAGACCUCAGGUCACCUGCGACAAGGACGCCAUUGAUUAAAACACCUUCUCCAUCUCCAUCAUCGUCAGCUCAGCCCAGCCUUUCUUCAGUCCAUCGCCUAUUGUCUUCGCUCACAAUUAACGAUAUAUCGACCUUCCCCUGCCAGACGAAUUACGCGACCGCAUCCGCUAUCUCAUAUCAACGCGCUUGAGAACUUUUUCUGCCAGCUCAAGCGGUCCUCCUCUCCUGUCUCAAGUCCGACUAUCAACCCCCCUCAUCCCUCAUUCUGCUCCCACAACCACCACUUUGCCGUAUCUCAUCUACACGCUGCCAUCUACACUGUAUGGACUGCGGGAGUGCCAGUACGACUGCGGGCAUCGACCCCAAGAUCCUCGAAAACUGGCAAUCCGACUCUGCUUUCUCCAUUGCGUCGUGGGAACAUCCGCCCGAGUGGGAUACCAGCCAAGACUCGAGUCAGGCUGAUGCUGCAGACCUGGUGGACUUGGGGACUCUUCAGGGGUCCCUUGGCAAGCGUCAUCCCAAUGCGCCGCCUUUGAUGAGACAUGGUGUGCAUCGUCAUCCCAGUAACCAAGACUCGACCUCGACUUCGGUUUCGACUUCGCCUGAGAAAUUCAGUGUUCCUGAUGGUGCUGUUGAAGGCACUGUUAGUAGUAACACCGUCAGCCCCCGCACGCUUCCGUCGUCUGCCGAUGAUAAUUUCCACUUGGAUGAAUCAUGGCCGCAGUUUCAGUUGUUCAACCCGAUUACGGCUACGAUGCCUGUCGAGCCGCAGUCUAUGAUGUAUCCGUAUGCGAAGGAACCGACUGCCUCGAACAAUACCGUGAUUGUGGAUGAUGGUGUCGGGGACAUGCCUAAUGGUCAAGGGUUCUCGUCCCCGGAGUUCCAGUCUGAGCAGUUUAUGCCGUUUCCCAAUGUGCCUUCGACUUACCCGCUUGCUACGGAGCCGUGGUCUGAGACUAAUCACGCCGUACCGGAAAAUGCUCAUCUACCGCAACCGCAGAUGCCUCUGAUGGAACCCCAGCUGGAAUCCAAGGAGAUGGGACCCCUGCGCAACUUCCACGGCUCGAUGCGGUCGCUGGAAUCGCGCUGGUUGGAUAGCCUCGAGGCUCAGUUGCCCGCUGAUAUGUCUGCCUCGUCCGGUUUUGGCAUGAUGCCCCUGGAUUCGAGUGCUCAGGGACAGGACCGAUUCCAGUACAACUCAGAGAGCUCUUCCGUAUCGGAUGAUGUACCAGGAGUCCACGAGUCGUUCUCAGCAACAAGCGAGGAGAUCCCAACCUUCGCGGAACGACAACUGGACGAUGAGUCGCAGCAGACCACCGCGUUCAUGGUCAGUGAGACACCAGCCGACUCGUACAUUGUCACCGGUCCCUCCAGAUCCAGAGCUUCAUCCGGCGCACAGCGACCGUCCAACAAUCGGACGCCGCUUGCUUUGCAAUCGGUGGCUACAGUACGCAAGCGCAAGCCGCGCAGCUCAAACAUGUCCAUAGAUCAGGGUCUGCCCAAGCCGUUGCAAAUUGUGCAAGAAGACGGCCAAGGCGGAUCUGUCGCUUCUGCGGACUUUGUGUCGCCCCCUCGUGGUGCUCGUCGGAAGGGACCUUUGUCGAUGGCUGGAAGGGCGAACGCUGGUAUGCGGAGGAAGAAUAAGGAUACCUGUGUUCAGUGUCGAUUGAACAAGCGGAAGUGUGAUGGCCAUUCUCCAUGUGAUGCCUGCCGCCCUACGCUCCAUGAACAGCCUUGCGCCCGUGCUUGUUUCGCCAACAUCGUUGAAUAUGGCACGUGCAACUACAUCUCGCAACGUGCGGUCAACCACCCGACAAUGGAUAAAUCCGGUCGCGUACGACUGGAAAUCCCCAGCGAGUUCGACUUGAAUUCUCUACUGUCGUUCCUUGGCGAGCGUCAAGGGCGAUUCAACAUCCGUGCCAGUCAGGCAUGGGGAUCGCUUUAUGUCCUUGACCUAGGAGAGACCUACCGGUUCUUGAAAAGUCUCAGUGAAUACAACGGCAACAACCGGUCGAGCUUCCUUGAAUUUAUUGACCGGCGGAUUGUUGAGUCCAAGGAUAAAUCCAAGAACUGGUUGACCUGUGUCAGGGACUGCGAUCCUAUCAACAGUGUUUACUCCCUGCUAUCGCAGUGGAACAACAUGCCCAGCCGCGCAGCAUACAGCUUCGUCCCCCUCGACCCCACCGACCAAGAACGUCCCAUGGACAUCCACAACCCCGAGGACCGUCGCGAAAUCCUCCUCGCCGCCCAACUCUCCCGCAUCUUUUGCCGCAUGCUCGAAGUCGAAGGCUUCCGCAAACUCGAGCGCGACUUCUACAACAUCAAAUGGAAGCAGAUCUCCCACGAAACCCACCUCCGCUUCCUCUCCGAAUUAGGCCACAUCCUCCUCUCGCUCCGCUGGCGAGUGUCCUGGUGGAAGCGUCUGGGUGACGGGGGCCGCGAGCCAGAUCCUAGCAAGCAGCACUAUGUGGAUCGCGUGGAACUGCUUUGCAGGAUUCUGUAUGUUUACUAUACGUGUGUUCUGGCGAAGUUGCCAUCGUGGUCGACUUCGGAUGUGCCAAAGGGAACGUGGUCGACGUAUGCAGACUCGGAAAAUGCGGUUUGGGACGAUUUCCCGUUGGAUCCCAGUGACACGGGAUUCCACAAUUGGAUGGCACAGGGAUCGGAGUUGAUUGAGCAAGCUGGUGUGCCUAACAAGAUCUCGAAGUUACGGUAAGAAACACAUACAAAACACAAAGGAAAGGAAAUGGCGGAUGGAUUGGAAUGGAUAUGGAUGGAUUAUGAGAUACCCUACAGCGUGAUACGGAGUCUAGGAUUUUUGGUUAUGAUUUAUGAUUUGCGUUUUUAUAUUUGACAUUAUACAUUUGAUUAUUACAUGGUACCAGUCCGUUGUACUUGCAGCAUGUACAGUACGGGCUUGGAUAGAAUAAAUAAAUCUCGGUUUGAUUCAGUUUAUAUCAUGUUCUCGCUCUGGGUAUCAUAUAUCCACACCACACCCUCCUAUACACAUAUACAUUCGAUGUAAAUCUACUUCUUCUGAUCCUUCUUAUCCUUCUUCCCACCAGCCAACAUCUCCAGAUGCCCCGCCUUAGACGCAAGAUUGCGCUCCGUCUUCGCCGUGUAGCCGGCCGUGAGUUUCU